UACUUAAACAAGUGACUAGCAGUUAUAGCUGUCAAAUGAAUGAAGUGCAAGAAGUUGAAUAUUUCUCUGUCAAUUUAGAAAUACUCAAAGUUCAAGUACCUGAGCAAAGGUGCUUAGCUUCCUCUGCAGGUACACAGGUGAUGCAACUAUUACCUAGUGGACAUUAGUUAGUAUGGUUAUUAUUCCCUCGCAGUAAAAUCCACUUCGUGUUUUACUCUCUACACUGGUCGUCAACACGCCAUCGGACCACUUCCCCGUACGGCCCGCACGGCCGCACCACCCAGGCCUCUUCAACACUGGAUAUAAGCAUGCACUGUCUGCCACACACACAACCUACAGAGAAACCGAAAACACCUUGAGUUACUUACCUGUGUCAGGCAGGUGGAGUUAACCAGGCAACCUAACCCACCCACCCACCAGCCAACCAAGGAGAGCCUGGCCUUUGUUUACCUGUUUCUCAGGUGGGAAUUGAGAAGGGGGCAGGGCCACCCGGGAGGUAGGAGGGAUGCCCGUAGAGGGCGGAAGCAGCAGCGGCUCUGCUUCGGCUGCCCGUCACCCCAAGCAGAAGCGCAAGGCCCACAGUUUGUCUAUCAGGCGCACCAACAGCACAGAGGAGAGGCCACCGGGCAUCCUAAGAGGAGACAUGCUGGAGGGACAGGACUCCAAGCUGCCCAUCUCCUUACGGAAUAAUCUUCUUGACCUUUUUGGCCAAAUUGAACGCGAGUUUGAAAACCUCUACAUUGAAAACAUUGAAUUGCGCCGGGAAAUUGACUCCCUGAAUGAGCGUCUGACCGGAGAUGGACAGACUAUUGAAGGAGGAGACCCCACCAAGGGCGCUCUGAAGACAAAAGCCAGCCACAGCACCAGCCAACUGUCACAGAAGCUGAAGACAACCUACAAAGCCUCUACCAGCAAGAUCGUGUCUAGUUUCAAAGCCACCGCAGGUUCCCGGGCUUUGUGCCAGCUGUUGAAGGAGUAUGUGGGCCACCGGGACGGGAUCUGGGACCUCAGUGUCACCCGGACUCAGCCGGUGGUCCUGGGAACCGCAUCUGCAGACCACUCAGCUCUACUGUGGAGUAUAGAGACUGGCAAAUGUCUGCUGAGGUAUGCCGGCCACGCAGGAUCAGUCAACUCCAUCAAGUUCCACCCCACAGAGCAGAUGGCCCUCACAGCCUCCGGGGACCAGACAGCUCACAUCUGGCGCUACAUGGUGCAGCUACCUGCCCCACAGCCACCACCAGAUGUCAGUGCUCCGUGCGAUGAUGACCAGGACUCGUCAGACAGAGAAGAAGGCGAGGUUGACGGCGAGGGACCUUGCGAGGUCCCCACCGUCCGGCUCGCCACGGCAACCCUGAAGAGCCACCAGGGUGUAGUCAUCGCGGCCGACUGGUUGGUGGGCGGCCGGCAAGUGGUGACAGCUUCCUGGGAUCGUGCCGCCAACCUGUACGAGUUGGAGACGUCUGAGCUGGUCCACACACUAACUGGUCAUGACCAGGAGCUGACUCACUGCUGCACCCACCCCACCCAGCGUCUGGUGGUCACCUCAUCCAGAGACACUACCUUCAGACUGUGGGACUUCAGAGACCCGUCCAUCCACUCCGUCAACGUCUUCCAGGGACACACUGACACGGUGACGUCGGCGGUGUUCACAGUGGGCGACAACGUGGUUUCAGGGAGUGAUGACCGCACCGUCAAGGUGUGGGAUUUAAAGAACAUGAGGUCGCCUAUAGCAACCAUCCGCACUGACUCAGCUGUUAACAGGAUAAGCGUGUCUGCCAACCAGAGGAUCAUCGCUCUGCCGCACGACAAUCGGCAAGUUCGACUGUUCGACAUGAGCGGAGUGAGGCUGGCCAGGCUUCCACGCAGCAACAGAAUGGGUCACAGGCGCAUGGUGUGCUGCACGGCGUGGAACGAAGAGAACCAGUCAUGCAACCUGUUCACGUGCGGGUUCGACCGGCAGGCCAUCGGCUGGAACAUCAACAUCCCUGCUCUGCUGCAGGAGAAGUGACACACACACACGGUUCCUCAGUAAAAGAAGGAGACCCAUCAGAAUCCCUCCAUGUAUAUACAGUACGAUACACACAGACACUGUAACCUCCGCGGCCUCGCACACGCUCGAGCGUUUCAAGUGUUUACCCCCUCCCCCCCGUCAAGCAUUUAAGUCGUAAUCUAUUUCACAGCUUUCAAGCAACUGAGAAGAAAUGAUCAGCAUUAGUGUUGCUUUUGAGAAUGCAGCUAACGUUGAUUGAUGGUAUAUUCCCCAGAUUAAUUUAUUAUGAGAAACUAUGAUGAGUGUGUGCGAGGCCACAGAGCUCACCCUUCUGUAUUUGAACCUCUCACAUAUUUAGCAUGGAUUGUGAAAUCGUGACACGACUAGGCUGACCCAUUCAUUCCUAGCCUCUCUAUGUUAAUAUCCUGAAUACAUAUAUAUAUAUAUAUUUGACUCAGUCAUAGGCUGCUGUUGUUUUAGUUACUGCUGAACGGUUGGUCCUGCAUGUAGAUCAACUCUGUGCGCGUAUGUUACUUGUAAAGCUGUAAGAGAACAAUUAUAAGGCCAGGAAAAGUGUGUAGAAUACGAUAGAAGAAGUUGUGUACAUAUUACAUCGUGGCCUGAUGAUGAAGUGACCUGUGUGGCAGGUCGUCGCUAACGUUAACUGACUUUGUGUCUUACGCUCGUCCGCCUUCUCCAGUGGCGGAGCUCGCCGGAUGGUUCUCGGAAACGUUUUCAUAUUUUUUUUCGUCAAACUCACAAUAUUCCUCACCAUGCAACAAAAACAUAUCAUUUUUUCAGGCCUGUCUGAUCCGCCGCGCAGCUCGCAGGCUGCCAGCUCGAUCGUCUCGCUACGAACGUUCAGUUGUCUUAAAAUAUUUGAAACUGAAACGAGAUUGGAGUCCUCGCCUGUCACGUUUUGAUGCUUUUGAAUUCACCUCCAGCCUCCUUUUUUUUGUUAUAUUUCACACUCAUACUGUAACUCUGCCUUGUUCCAUGUUUACAGGUUUCUUUUUUUUUCUUUUCUUUUUUUAAGUAUUCUGCCUUUCUGUCAGGAUGCUAAGUGUCAAGCGCAAUAGCAAUAACGGGAAAACGACUGCACGUCUGUUGUACACAAAUCCUGUGAAUGAGGUUUGUGAGUUGGUUGUGUUCAACAUAAUCAUGAUCUAGUAUUCCCCGUCUGUUGCUGGUGUAGGUGUCGCUACUUUUAGCCAUAAUCUGCCCCCCCUCCCCGCUCCCAUAUUUCCUCACUGUCAGCAAAAUACACAGCUAUCCUCUCCAGCUCAUUGCCAACUUAAAGCCUUGUGUUACUGUAAUGUGUCAUCCUCAAGUGAACUUGUCAGUUACUGGUCAUUUCUGUGCUUCGGUAACAGCCUGUCAAUAUGACGUUAUGGUGUUUACACUUUGCUUUGAACCUUUUUAGCCUUGUACGAACCUCUCGCACCUUUUAUCCAAAUACAGAAGCAAUAACAUAGCUCCUCCGUGUUUCUGGAGCUGUCAGUGAAGCUCAUUUCUUUCCUGGAAAUCAGUGAAUACGACUUUAAAAAAAUACUCAAGUUAAAACCAGAAUUGGGCUUCACCAGAUUCCGAGAAACGUCUUGUUACAGUUGUGCAAUAUCCCAAACAUGAAGUCAUGCUGUCGUUUUUUGAUCAUCAGAUGUUAAAUGUUUAACUUAUUUCAGUGCUGUAAAUCCCAUAUGUACUUGUGUGACUGGUGUAGAUGUAGCUCAGUGUUCGUAGGUAUGCAUAACUCACCCAAAAGUUGGCUUCAAACUCCACUUAACUGCUGUUUCUAGCAACUAUAAGAGUCAGAACGGCCUUUUUUUUUUUUUUUUUUUUUUUUUUUUUGGAAGUAGCAUGAACCUUAAAAAAUGUAAUUAAACGUAUUGAAAUGCCUUACCAUUGCAUUGAAUAUGGUGCAUUAGCCUUAUCAAUCUGAGCAUCGACGCACUGUCCCAAAUGCUUGUUAAAUAACUAAUUGUGUUCCCCUGCACAGUGCUGAUAGGAUUUUUACUCCCGUUUCAUUCAGGGAACUCAAUCUCACACCCACUGGUAUCAAUGUCAUUUUAAUCUGCUGGUAGAAAGGUAGAAAGUCCGAUUUGUGCCCCACAUAUGAAUUCUAACUCGGAGGAAAUAUGAUUUUUGGAUUGAUACAUUAAAUUAUUGGGUGCCAGAUUGGAGGGCUAAAAAAAGAAAGAAAUAAAAAAAAAAAAGUGGAUAGACUUCGCUUCAAUUGUGGCGAAUCAUAUUCACCUCCAACUUCAUUAUGGGUUCUACUUUGCAUAUUCUAUUGUGACGGGUACGUGCUCUCUGACACUUUCCAAUAAAACGUGUGAUUUCCUUUU